GAUGUAAAGUUUAGCUUUCGUUUCUUAUUUUGUGGUCCAUAGAUUCCAGGACGAUUACUGGGUGGCAGUGGCGGGUGCCCAUCCGUCAGGCCGCCAGAUGAAUCGCAGUAAUCGUAUGGCUGCCUCACGGAUCCAAUAAUCGUCUAGCUCCGUGCAGCGCUCCCCGCGGCACUGCCCAGUAAUCGGGUCUGGAUCCGAAUCCCGCGGAUCCGCCUGAAAAUAAUCGGAUUCGCGGUUACUAAAAAUGACAGAUCUUGCCCAGCUCUAUUGUGCCCGUGUCCUGGGCAGUGAUCGAGAAGACUUAUACCUUGAAACUGCGCCUGGGGAUAUACUGUACCGUGAUUUGUCGUGUACACUAUGGCGUAGGCCCGUAGGGUGACCAGACGUCCCCGGUUUCCGGGGACAGUCCCCGUUUUCAGUUACCUAUCCCCGGCUACUGCUGUCCCCGGAAAUGUCCCCGGUUUUCACUGACUGAAAGAUCCGAAAUUGUAAUAAAGGAAAAUGAAAAAAAAAAAAAAAAACACGAAAAUGUUGACCAACCUAUAUACGUAUAGUUGCGCACCGUUCUACUCGCACUGCACAGUGUAUAUAACUAAGGAAAUGAUAAACAGCUUUACACAGCAUAAUUUGCGAGAUUGCCUUCCAAGAACAUAAAACCAAAUUUCCCGCCAAACCAUCGUCAGCAUCGUCACCAGCGUCCCCUCCUGCCUUCCCGCCAGGAACCAGCCGGCACCAUUCUCUGCCAUCCAGCGGUGUUUCGCCCGCAGAUUUAAUACUGUUCAACCAUUGAAACAACAAAGGCUCAGAUGACCAACGAUUGCUUCAGCAGAAUAAGGUACACCUACAAGAGGCUCAGUUUGUUUUCAAAUAGAAAAAAUGGAAGAGGAUAAUUCAGGAAAAGAGAUGAAGCUCAAUCAUAAGAAGAGAAAGGCCAGUCAAGAAGAGACUGAAGGUGAAAUGGAGGAAGCACCCAGGCAAAGCUUUCACCCAGGACUGUCUGGUGCACUCCCCACCUCAGGGCAGUUUUGCAAACUGCCUGAGGUUUUUGAACUUCUCAGGUAUCCUGGAAAUGCCCUUGAAUCCAUACCUCCAGGAGAAAAGAAUAAUGUGUUCUUCAUUGUUAACAACUCUGAGCAUGAAUUGAAGACAAACAAGGGUGGAUUUAAUAAAUUCCAUGAUGACUGUGUGUGGGAGCGUUCAAGUGGUUCUCAAAUAUCCUCACAUGUUGGAAAUUUUAAUGGAUUAUUGAAAGCAAUGGCAUUGUAUGAAAAUAAGUUUUAUGAAAGAAAUCCACCUAUGAGUGUGUUGGACCCACAACCAGACAAGGAGAGUGGUAAAAGUUCGGCGUUUCUAUGCAACACUUAAAGCUAAUAAAGACUACAAGAGGCGUAUCACAGUCUUGUCAGGUGAUGGGUUUAGAGAGGACAGAGCGUUAGUAGAAUAUUGUGGUAGAGUUAUGAAGCCCACAGCUCAUGAGCGUUGCAAAAAGCUGAAGAAGAAUGUGCUUGGCAACCCUGGAAAGACAAAAUAUAGAACUAAAUGCAGAGCAUCAAGAGAUGUUUAUGAAAAUAAGUUUGCUGACCUGAAGGACAGUCAUCAAGUGCAUAAUGUAGAAGAUGUUGCUUCCCAAAAGGUCUUCAAGAAAUUGGUGUCCAAAGUGCCUGAUGAAAAACAAGUCAUACUGACAAUGUUAGCAGAAAGUCCAAGUGUCCAGACAGUCAUUAACAGAAAAGAUCAGCCCCAAUGUGUCAUUUUGUACAGUGAGGAGCAACUGAGUGACAUGAAAAGGAACCUUGAGUGUGACAAUGUUUUGGGAGUGGAUUGCACUUACAAGUUUGGUGACUGUUUUGUCACCAUGACAGUCUACCAGAACUUGAGAGCACUACAUAAAGACACAAAUGAGCCACUUCUGUUCCUGGGCCCUGUGUACCUUCACUGGGAUAAAGAAUUUUUAACAUAUGUGUCUUUCUUCUCUCACAUAAUGGACAAGCUAGAUGGCAUUGAGCCAAAUAUUGAAGUGAAGUUGGGAAAUGAUGUUGGGUUACCUUUGUUCAAAGCACUGAAAUGUUCAUUCCCAACAUCAUCACAUAUUUUGGACUGUCAUCAUUUAAAGACAACAGUUAAUAGAGAACUAUAUGAUGUAUGUGAUGGUAAAGUAAAGGAGUCUUCCAUAAUAUCAAAGAAAAUGUUUGGCUUAGAAGGCCUAACAAGCAGUCCUACAUUGUUUUUAUUUAGAAAGAGAUUGUCAGAUUUGGCUCCUUAUUUUGAAGAGUUUCCUAGACUUAGAAAUUACUUUAUCAAAAUGGGUGCAAUUCUGUAUGAGUAUUGUUGUGAACCACAACAAAAAGGUGUUUUCCCGAAGUUGUGGGUUGGCUGCAGAGAUGAAGUGUUAAGCAGUCAUAUACAGUCGGUUCUUUGUUUAGAAUCAUACGAAUUACCUGUACUUGUGAAGGAAAUAUGCACCAUCAGUAACCUUCAGAUGCAGCACAUAGAGGACAGGUGUGAGUAAAACUUCCACUAGGCAUAUAAGGAAAACAUUGCAAGGUGAUAAAUUGAUGAGGAUAAGAUCAGGAAAAGAUUAAUAACAGUAAAUACAAACACAAUUACUAGUAGCAAUGAUUGUCAUCCUCCCUAUCUUGACAACAGCGAGAUGAAAGUACUGGUUGACAUGAUAACUGAAGAAUACUUGACAUGAUCAGUUAUCUCCUGCAGGAGUUGGCUCGUAGUUGUAAAGGCUUGGUUAAGGAGUAUUUUUUCUUUCAUAUUAUCCAACUAAUUUUUAGCACAAUGAGUGUCAAGAGAUGAAGAAGGGAUUAUGAAACUUAUGCUCAGGGACCCCAUUCCUUGUAGAGAUGGGGUGGGGCAUCAGAAUAGGCCAUUUGACCCUUGUGACUAAGUGUUGUAAUUAUUAUCAAGACAUGGGGUAAGAGUAAUAUACUACUGUUGCGGAGUUUGUAGAGUAACUAAUAGCAAUGGAUAACAAUUUUUCUACUGAAUUACUGACAAAAAAGUAAUUGAUAAUUAAUAAAAUAUUUUUGUAUUAUAAACUUGUCACUUCCUUGUCAUUUUUUCUUUAAUUAUUGAAUCACAGCUUAGAUUCAGCAAGCAUUUGUUUGCUAUAAACACAGGGUUUUCUAUUCACUAGAGCUCCAAUGCUUGGGUCUCCUUUUGGCAGUGGUUCCCAACUAGGGGUCCAUGAAAGAAUUUCAAGGGGUUCAUAGAGAUUCUGAUUAGUUUUAAAUUUGUUAUACUAGAAUUAGGAGUCAUGUGGCUUUGGAAGAAAGUUCAUAC